UGGAUACUGUGCGCCAGAGAGAGCUGGAUACAACCCGAGACAGUCCGGGAAAAAGACGGUAGUUCGGAGAGCGAGGCACUAGUUCAAUGUGGGUCCUGGCGCUUGUGCUACUGGUCGGAAUUCUCCCGGGUGCAGGUGAUCCUGGGCUGGCAUCUUUGCCUGGUGCUGACCCCAGUGAGACGGAGCUGCCAAGUCCUGAUGGCUUGAGGGUGACUGCAAUGGAGGUGGCUGCUGCGGAGGUUCACUCCAUGCCCCGAACUAAGCGUUGUACCUGCUUCUCGUUCAAGGACAAGGAAUGUGUGUACUACUGUCACCUGGAUGUGAUCUGGAUUAAUACUCCAGAGAGGAUUGUGCCUUAUGGACUGUCUAAUGUGCGAAGGCAUAGGCGUUCAAAUGAAAAGGAGAUGGGUUGGCUGGUGAAAUCCCUGAGACCUCGGUGUAUCUGUAGAGAGGAUGAUGAUAGACUGUGUGGCCUGUUCUGCAGGUCUAGGCAAAGGGAUGUGAAGUAGACACCAAAUGAGGUAUAACUGUGAGAUCAGAGUGAAGAAAUUAAAUAGCCAAAUAUGUUGCUUGGCUGAUGAAAACUUGCUCAAUUGCUGAACUGCUUUGUUAAGGAUCAACUCCCGAUAUUUCUGAGCAGAGUCAGUCCCAGGUUGAUCAAAGUUAUCUUGUGUAACUAGGAGAAAAAUGGGGAAUAACAACCCUUUAUGGAUUCAGUAUCUAGCUUUAUUAUUCAGGUAAUCCUCUCCUCCAUGAUAUAUCACAGAGCUGACAAUCAGACUCCAAUUCAACAACCCUGAACAAAAUUCUGUCAGGCUGCCGACUUUCCCUGCAGUCAUGGUUCUAGAGGCUCACCGUUCUCAGCUGACUCCCACAUAUUGCAGACAGAGCACAUCACCUGUCCUGUCAUUCCUAUUAAGUCUUGCCUUACACACAAAAUUUAGAGCAACACACACAAAAUGCUGGAGGAUCUCAACAGGUCAGGCAGCAUCUAAGAGGGAAAUAAAUAGUCGAUGUUUCGGCUCAAAAUGUCAACUGUUUAUUUCUCUCCAUAGGUGCUGCCUGACCUGCUGACAACAUUCCCUCAGUUUUUUUUUACAGAAAGCUGUGGGAUACUUUAAAUGGUCUUUUUUGUAAUAUGAAUUCUAUGAAUGUUUAGAAUGAAAAUUGAAAAAUCACAUACUUUUGAUUUUGUUUAUUUAUUAAAGGGUACAUUGAAAUACAGUACAAUAUUCAUCGGCCUGGCGGUUUAUUAACAUUGAGCUACCAACUUCCAUUCUGUGUUUAUUAUUACAAUUUGUAACAGUGUUGUAAUUUGAAACACUGACAAUGUAAAUAUGUUGAAGCUCUAAAAUGUUUCAAAGUAAAGGGUUGGUACAGUUAUUUAGAAAAUUUAUAGAUUACAGUAUAUUCAUUAACACAAUAAGA